AUGGACUUAGAAUCUUUUACAAAAGUAUUCUCAAAUAUAUACCCAAAUUUGGAUCAAUAUUUAACACGACGUGGCUACUUUUUGAAAAAUGAAAUAUUGGAUCAGUUUGAUCAUGUUUACUUUGGUCUUAGUGAAGGGGAGGCCCGAACAAUUGAUCCGGCACACCGUCUUUUGCUUGAAAAGUUUGUUCAUUUGCUGGAAGAUGCAAAUUACACAGUCGACGAAAUCAGUGGGACAAAAACGUCUGUAUUUAUAGGACAACUUUCAAGUGAACAUCAACGAAUAAUGUUUCAAAGUCCAGCUGAAACUAAUUCAGCAUCAUUAGCACAAAAUGUAAAUAAAUAUAACGCUUCGGCCAGGUUAGCCUAUCAUUUUAAUUUACGCGGACCAAAUUUUACAAUAGACACAGCGUGUUCAUCAUCUUUACAAGCGGUUCAUCUAGCUGUUCAGUCUUUAAGAAAUGGUGAAGCUCAGUAUGCAGUAGCUGGUGGAACGAACACAAUCUAUACACCUGAGGGACUUUGGAAUAACUCACUUAUCCAGGCUGUAUCGCCAGAUGGGCGAAGUCGUGCUUACUGUAUUGAAGCCAAUGGAUAUGCUAAAGGUACGAAUAUAUAG